AUGGUAGGCCCGGCUCCCCCGUUAGCUCCAAAGCGGCCGCUCUUGGUCCCCAAGACCGGUCCAUCGACAGCGUCUAAGGUGACGGCUCCAACCACGGCGCCCAAGGUGUUGUUUGCGCCGAAAAAGGCGACAGUGGAAGCGGCGAAGGCUUCGUUUGCGCAACUCAAGACCCCACCGCCUCCAAAAAAGGCUCCAUUGGUUAUGCCGAAGAAAGCCACGGUAAAAUCCAGUAUCGUGGAAGCAGCAACUGCUAAGCCUUCAGCUCCAAUUUCCAGGCGAUCAUCUGAUGCUAGUAUCAAUGCAGAUCGUCAAUCUAAUGUAGUACCAGAUAACACGGUGCCUUUGCUUAAGAUGGGAUCAUCUGCUCACAAGGCCUCGGAUCCUCAAUCCUUCAAAUCAAUGCUGACUUCGGCGCUUGUGCCAUCGAUUGACAUGGCACAACUCGAUGGAUCGAAUGAAGUACCUGUAAAACCAUCUGCGAAAUCGGCGGUUGCUAGUAAUCCCACUGAAACGACCAAGGUUGCAUGUUUGACACCAGAGUCAAACCCAGACAAUUCAUAUGGCGCGAAUCAGUCGCCAAUGUCAUCCGUGGAUAAGGAUAAACACAUUUCAAAAGAUAUCGAAGACGCCAGUGCUAAACAUGUUGUCCCUUCCAUUAAUAUGGAUAGUCCACGUACCGUUGGUUCAACACCUUGGCUGGAUAUCGAGCGUCGCAUCAACGAAAUACGUGCGCUGGCUUCUGCAAAUAUGCCAGAAGAAUCGGCACGAACCCCGCGAAGGAAUGCUGCGGACGGAAGCAGCCUUUAUGGCAAUUACAACACCCACUACGAGGCCGGUCGGGACUGGGGAAAAGAGGUGUCACGCCCUCUAAGUUACCGGAUGGUGCAAAGUCUGCAAAAAUCUAAGGACAAAACACAGCAAAGGUGCUCAACAACAACCCCGGAUCGCUGGAAUUUUGUGGAUGGUUUCCUCAAGCCUCGGCGCAAACCGUUUGCGAGCAUGUCGGAAUUGUCCCAACAUUUUCGCCACAUUUCGAGUGGCGACCAGAGUGAGUUGAUAAAAUUGUUGUUGGCUUGUAGAUCGUUGGAGAAGUUGAUUGAGGAGCAGCACGGCGUGUUGGACAUGCUGGACCACGACCUGCGUGAGGCGCGUGAGAUGUUGCGUUUGCCGGAGCACCUGCGCGGUCUAUGCCCGCAGAAGGUGAUGGGACAGCCUCCUCAGGAGGAGCCUUUUUACCCUACCAGCGACAUCCCGCUCUUCAUAAAGGGGCGCGUCUCACUGCUCCCCGGCGCAAACGACGUCCAGCUGUCGGUGGUCAGCAACAAUUAG